CCUCGAAGUCUAUAAAAGCAGCUAAUUUCCAGUUGCUAGCUUAAUAUUGAGUGUCAAGAGCUUUACGGGAAAUGUCUGAAACUACGGAUCGCAUAUCAGCAAUAAGAAAAGUACUUGUGAUAAAACGUUGGCUGGGAAUUUGGAAAUGGCGAAAUGAAGACUAUAAAUGGAGCAUGAUAAAAAGAAUAUAUCCAUAUCUCCUGUAUCUGCCAUUCACCUUUACUUACACGGCCCUUAUGUGGGUGGAAGUUAUUAGAUCUCAGGGCGUGGAAGAGGCUGGCAACGUUCUAUAUAUGGCGCUAACGGAAUUUGUAAUGAUCAUCAAAGUUAUCAACAUUUGGUACAGACGCCAAGAGGCCUUUCAAUACAUUGAUGAGCUAGAGCGAGAUGAAGUCUACAAAUUACAGAACAAGGAAGAAAACCAUUUCUGGAAACGGGAACAAAAAAUAUUUCAGCGCAUCUUCUACACCUACAUUACAGGCUGUGUGAUGGUUGCCCUCACGGGUUACUUCAGUGUGUUCUAUCAGGAGACUUAUGAAUUGCCUUUCAGCUAUUAUGUGCCCUUCGAUUGGCGUACUCCAAAGUUCUACUUCUAUGCCUGGACCUACAAUGUACUAGCAAUGACUAUGUGCUUUCUCCCGAAUUGCCUGCUGGAUACGAUGGGCUGCUACUUCAUGUUCCACAUAGCGCUGCUCUACCGGCUCAUGAAUCGACGUCUGCUGGCGCUGAGGGAAGCGCCCGAGGUGAAGGCUAUUCCAGAGCUGCGACACCUCUUUCAGCUGCACAAACGCGUUCGCAGUCUAACCAAGCAAUGUGAGAUCCUGGUCUCGCCCUACGUCGUCUCGCAGGUUGUUUUGAGCGCUUUAAUCAUUUGCUUCAGCCUCUACCGUGUGGUGCAGAUGGGCAAGUCGAACACGGGCGGCUUGGCGACGACUCUACAGUUUGUGGGCGUGAUGAUUGUGCAAAUCUUUCUGCCCUGCUACUACGGCAACGAAUUGACCGUCUCGGCUAAUCAGCUGACAAACAGCGUAUUCAACACCAAUUGGCUGGAGUAUUCGGUGACUACACGAAAAAUCCUCAACUGCUACAUGGAGUUCCUGAAACGCCCUGUCAAGCUGCGUGCGGGCAUGUUCUUUGAAAUAGGCCUGCCCAUAUUCAUGAAGACCAUCAAUAAUGCAUACAGCUUUCUGGCCCUGCUCAUCAAUUUGUCAAAGUAG